AGCUGGUCUCCCAGCUUGGACCAGCUAAAGACCAGCUUGGACCAUCUUAGCACCAGCUUGAACCAUCUAGAAACCAGCUACCAUGUUCCAAACACAGCUACCAGUUUAAGUUGGAUUUUCCAUUAGGGUAUGUAAAAAUAUAAAUAAAUAAUGUGAGCACUGGGCUGUAACCUACUGUGCAUUCCUGCAUGCACAGUAAGGUUUUCGAUAGGUUUGCAAUGGUAAAAUCGCGUAAAACACACCUACGCUACAUUUAACAUUGCAACAGAUGGUGACUGACGCGCGUGGGUCAAUUACACGCAGACAAGAUUGCCAAUUGCAACACGUUGCUUAUAAUAGGCAUGUGAUUUUGCAUUAUUAUAUUACAGUAUGUUUAUUGAAAUAAGGUAAAAGAAUACUUCCACAACCCACUGUAACAAAGUAGUUGAUUACAAUCAAAUUAUGAACAAUUAAACGGUGGACUGGUGUGUGUGCGUGCGUGCGUACUUCAGCGUGAAGUGCUCAGGCAGUCUAGGAUGAUGCUGUGCGCAUGCGCACUGUAAAUCAGUGAGCUCAGGUACGGGAUGGGUUGCUUUUCUACUACACAGCUGUCGCUCGACAAUAAUGGACAUAAUUUUAUGGACGUCGUAAGGAUAUGAAGAUAAAAAUGCACGUUAUCUCUCUCAUUAUUCAUCUCUCACGAUAAGGAAGGUCAAAGUGGGACAAAAUGUCGAACAAUAACAACAUGAUGUCCAAGAAGAUCCGGACGGAAUACAUGAAGAAGUUCCAGGAUCCAAAGUGGGAGACAUUCUCGAAAUGUUAUGAGGACUCUGUGAAAUACAGACUGACCCGGAGGGUGAUGGAGCAGACUCAUAGACCGUUAUUUGGGGAUGGAUGGGACAGCGGGUCCAACUCGAGUGGAAGGUCCAGUCCAAAGAUGCAGGAGGUAAACAACUCAAAUGCCAAACACUAUACAUCUUCUUCAGAGUCCAAGAACGAGACCGCAGAGGUUCGGAAAUCCUGGAAGCCACAGGUGAAUGGGGAAGUUCACACGGAUACUAGUGCAUCCUCGGAAAGCUCAGCCCCCGUAGAAAAUGGGUACAAAGGCGCAAAAACUACUAACGGUCCAUCAGAAUCCGUUCCAAGACACCGUCAAAGACAUCGGGCUCCCCGUUCAGAACUGUGCUACCCUAAUAGGGACCUGGACAGUGACGAAUCACAUCUACCUGUGUUAAGAAAACCAUCCAGGGCCAACAGCCAACCACCAGGGAACACCAAGGUCCGGACACCCAACCGUGACAACAGAUGGUCUUUUACCCGUCAUGAUUGGGCAGAAAGGCAUAUUGAGACCAGGGACAGAAAGACACCAAACAUAAGAGCAUCCAUGUCUGCUGGAGAGAUUCAUCGGGCCGACGUGGGCGUCCAGACUCGAAGAGAGUCAGAAAAACACGGAAGAGGAUUAGAUCACCGGAGGUCGAGGUCAGCUGACCUAGUGAAGUGCCGUCGAUCAGAACUGAGUGUUGCGGAUGAGCGCUGGAUGACCGAAUACAUGCGCUGCUUCUCUGCUCGGCUGAGAUAGACGGCUGAUGUAGGAUCAGUCCAUGUCUUCAUGUCAAUGGAUUUGAUAUGAGGUACAGGUCGCAGGUAACCGAUCCCAAACCAGCACUACAGGACGAUUUUAAAAUAGAGUUUAAAAUGAAGUUGUUCAUAUUCAGGAUAAUUCUAUAUUUUUUGAGACUGUCUACAGUCACUUUCUCAUGAAUGCAUAGAAGGACCAAACAUUUAUUUACACAUUUGCUAGUAUACAUAUUAUGAUGGGUUUUGUAUUCAAUAUCUUUUGAAGGUCAUUUGAUGGCAUAAUUUGAUUGGACCAAACUAUUUAUAGAGAGACGGGUGAUAAGAAUUGUUCUAGAUGUUCCAGCCUGCCUGUGUUUUAUGUUGAAUUGCUUCAUAUGUAAGCGGUACACAUUCUUACUCUUUUGAAUGUAAUUGAUUGAUGUUUGGUUUGUGUUUCUUUAAUGAAUUGGUGUUGAAAGACAGUGUAAGAAGUGCAGUCCUGUUAUAAAAUGUUGAUGUUUUUCCUCACCAAUCACCUCUAAUAAUCAUUUUAAAUCACAUAUUCCACUUCUUGCACAAAUUGAAGAUGUCAAGUUAUCAAUAUUUUAAGGAGUAACAAAAACUGAUUUCUAACUUUUUUCAAAAUACUAAUUUAUGGGGUGUCUUGUAUAUAUUUAGCUUUUCCCAUAUAUAUAUAUAAAAUACGUCUGAUCAGCACUGGACACGUGAUAGACACUUUGAAUGAAAUUUACCCUGCUCAUUAAGGCCCAGGUGUACUUCGUUUUUCUGCGUUCCGGAUCAGAUCGCGCCCGGUCGACUGCGUUCAGAGUAUACUCUUUGGGCCGUAAGUGAAUACAAAAAUGAGAACUGUCCACGUGUCGAGAAAAUCUGGGCCGCACACAGACAGCGCAUGUGUACGGACAGUACUGUGCGUGGAGUGAUCAGAAACAUGGACAAACGAAGUAUACUUUGGCCUUUAGUCUUGAUCUCAGUUGGUUUGUACUCUGGACAUUCUUGAAUGAAGUACUCAAAAUAAACAUAAAAAAAUAUAUAUUUUUCAGCAAUGUUUACAUUUUGACCACUGUAUUUGUACAUGAGAACAUGCACAGGUAGAUUUAUUUUUCAUCUGCAGAAAAUAAAUACUCUGAAUGCUUUGCAGUGAAUAAACUAUGUUUGAAUAAAA